AUGAGGCGUCAAAAAUAUUUUCCUAAAUGGUCCUUCGGAUUCGCAUCAGAAACGGUCGUUCUUGGAUGCAUUUUGCAAUUAGGAGUUUUGUUUACUGCUUAUAUUGUAUAUACAAAAUUCAAAAUGUCAUAUGAAAAGAUAUUGUUUGCUGAUGCUUAUGCUGUUAAUGGGACUCCUCAGGGAUCAGUCGUAAGUGAAACUAAAGAACAUUCUUUAUUCUUGACUAUCCACUUGAGCCCUAUUGCAUCUCCACAAGAAUGUUUGGAGUCUAUUGGACAUAUUGAGAGAUAUGUUGAUUCAAUUUGUCCAAGACAUUUGUGUCGUGGAGAUGAAAUUCUAUAUGGUGUCGGUUUCGGAUUUGAUUUCUUUCGAAAAAUCAGCCCCGAUUUUGAACACAAGAAAGUUGAACCCUUUGAAUAUCAUGAACGUUCAGGGGCUUUGGGUAGACUUCCUAAGACGGGCGGAGAUAUAUUUAUUCAUGCUAAGUGUAAUAAUUAUGGCAAGUUGUUUGAACUGACACAAGCCAUCAUUAUUAAUUUACCACCCAGAUCUGUAGACAGAUUCGAGGAUAUUUACGGAUGGGUUUAUCGUAAUGGGCGUGAUUUGAGUGGUUUUAUUGAUGGAACAAUGAAUCCGAGAGAUCCAGAUGAACGGGCAGAGGUAGCAAUCAACACAUAUACAGGCGGAAGUUAUGGUCUUGUUCAAAAAUGGAUUCAUGAUAUGGAUUUUCUUCGAUCAACACCAGAUAAUAUAAAAGAAAAAUGGAUUGGUCGAACAAUUGAACAUAGUUUUGUAUUACAUGAUAAAUCUAUUACAUCACAUAUUGCUAGAAUGAUUGGAUCUGCAGAAAGAGGUAAAUGGCCAAAAUUUCGUAUCGUUCGACAAUCUCAACCAUAUGGUACAUUAUCUGGUGAAGCUGGACUAUUAUUCAUUGCAUAUGCAGCUGAAAUAAAAAAUUUCAAUUUUAUGCUAGAUCGUAUGACUGGUGAUACUGAAGAUAGAGAAAUAG